CACCCUUGAAACUUGGUGUCCAUAUUUCUUCUUGCUUUAUCCGUGACAUGUAUCAAGCCUCAAAUUUCCCUCCUUUUGGAGAUACCAGCUCCAGCACUUCAAGGCGCAACUAUAUCAGUGUCCUUUCCAAUUCGCAUGCUUGUCCCACAGAGGACUGGGCUCAGAUUUCGGAUCUCGCGGAACGGCGACGUGUUCAAAACCGCAUUGCUCAGCGAAGACAUCGUACGUCAUUCCAGCAGAGUGCUUAGAAGGCGCCAAUCAAUCUGACCUAGCAUAGGCCUGAAGAUAAAACGACGCUUGGAGCAUCUAGAGGAACAACUAGCCCAACAACGGAUAACGUCUGAGGCAGAAUUUGUUGGUCCGGAGCUUCUUCAGUCGUCAAAUUCC